AUGAGUGCCAGCUUGGAUACGCUUCAAUUUCAGACUGUGAAUACCACCAGUUCUUCUAUACCUGGGAUCGCAUUUGGCACAACUGUCUUAAGAAAUACAGAGAUUUAUUUGUUUGGUGGUUUGUCAAAAAACACAUCCAAUGUCAUUAACGGAAACACUUACAAAUUCGACUCAAUCAGUAAGCGAUGGGCGCCAGUCGACUUCGUAGGAAUAUUCGCCGAUAGACCGAGUUCGAAACGAAGUUUAUCGUCCGUGAUCGAUAACACGGGAAAUUGGUAUUUAUUCGGCGGUUCAAACGAGACAAAUUUAACAAUUGGAAAUAAUGAGAUACAAAAUGACCCAUCGAUGUAUAUAUUCAAUCUGAUUUCGAUGAAAGGUUCUAAACAAAAAUUCGGUAGUGUGGAUAAUAAUGUUGAUUCGUUUUUGUUGCCGAUGAUCGAGUACACCGCCACAUUUUUGGAUGAUAAUAAGAUUGUUUAUAUUGGUGGCAAGACGUCAAGAGGAGAGUUGGUCGAUAUGAGUUCGAUUUAUGUGUUUGAUACUGUUAACCAAAAGUGGUUGAGAAAUCAAGCUUCCAAUUCAGAUGUUGUUCCAAUGAGAUCUGCACAUUCAGCUGUACUGGCAACCAACAGAAGACAAAUAAUAAUUUAUGGAGGAUUGUCAACCAAACCACUCACAGAUAAAAAUGCUCUCGCAAUACUCGACACAAUAGACUUUUCAUGGAGCAUUCCGAAUAUCGAAUAUUUUGGCCAGUCAAUUCCUGCCUCGCAUUCGGCUGUUUUAUUCGGGGAUUACAUGAUUGUCGCGUUUGGUAUCCUGCAAGACGGUCAAAAACCAAUACAGCAAGAAAAUUCUACAUACUUAAUUUCCAUUCUUGACACUCUGAACGGUAACUUUACAUGGGUAAAAACAAUAAGUCGAAUACCACCUCAUUCAAAUACAACUGGCGUCUCUUAUAAUAAUUCGGGAUCAUCAAGUGCUUCACCGUCAGGUGAUACCAACCAAGGACCAACUUCGACUAGCAGCUUUUCAAAAACCGGAGCAAUAAUAGGAGGUACAGCGGGAGGACUCGUAAUAUUUGCAAUAAUCGGUACAUUAGCUUUUAUACUCCACCGUCGCCAAUUAGCACAAUGUGAUUUAGAGGGAAGUCGUCACGCACACAUGCCACAACACGCCGGCUAUAUGCGAUCGACAACAACACAUGAUAAUCAAGUUGUAGAUCGAAACUCACGAUUUUCCGUUUCUAAAUACAUGGGUUUCCGAAAUUCUAAAAGUUCCACAACUCAACGGGAUUCUUCUGGAUCUUUGGACGAUCAGCCAGGAAUUCAUAUUCAUAUAAAGUGGCCUAAUUGGUGCUCUAAAGAUACUACUGAAAAUGGCGGUGCCGGUAGCGGAUGA